UGCUUUUGAACUUACCUUUUUAUUGGAUGUGUAUGUUUAGGCACUUCAGAUAUUUUCUGAAAAUUAUAAUUGAUGAAUUUAUCUUCAAUUUGGACCCAGUGAUUUAAGAAAUUAAGAGAGGAAUUUGAUGAAUUAUGGCUUUUGUUAAAUCCUAAAAGCUACUGCUACUGAUUGUAGUAUGCUAUUUUUUUCCCUCUCUCUCCGUCUGUCUGUCUUUGUGGAUAAUUCUCUUUUCAUGCGUGGAUUUGCGGCAAAUUUAGGGUCAUUUUUCUUCCUCUCUGGUUGUUUCAUGUAGUAGUAGCAAGGGGUAGAUUCUCUUUACCUGCUCCUUCGAUGCCACAUGAUCGCCAUUGGGCACCAUUUCAUGCUGUCAUGGCGAUACCAUUGCUUGUUGCUUUUGAGCUACUUCUCUGUAUAUAUCUCGAGAACCAUGAUGCUGUGAAUCUGAAGAUUGUAUUUUUGCCCUUGCUAGCAUUUGAAACAGCAAUUUUGGUUGAUAAUGUUAGGAUGUGCAGGGCUUUAAUGCCAGGGGAGGAGGAAAGCAUGAGCGAUGAAGCAAUAUGGGAAACCCUGCCUCACUUUUGGGUGGCAAUCUCCAUGGUCUUUUUUAUUGCUGCAACAAUCUUCACUCUGUUGAAGCUGUGUGGUAAUGUGUAAAUUGCUUACUUUCUGGAUUGAUUGAAGUGUAAUACUGAUGUUAGAUGACCUUAAUUUGGAUACUAACUCAAACAUGUCUGUAAGCUUCUUGUUGCUGCACUAAUUUAUGGGAGGGUUUUCGCAGUUCAGAC